GUUAUAUCGUUUUGGUCUCGUUUUUUGUUCCUUCUUGGUCUCUUUUUUCAAGCAUGUGCAUACUCGGGAGCUACCAACCCUGCACUCACUCGUUACCAGCCCUGCAUUCAAGUAAGCCAUGCUUUCUCACCAUUUCUGUCAGUGAAAAUCAAUAAACAACCUGACCGAUCACAAUCUCUAUAAAAAUGGCUUCCGUUGCUUCCCUGAAUCCCAUUUCGGCUACCGGAAGGCAAACGCCUGCACGGAAAAUUUCGUCUCCCUAUCGACCGACUCCCAUCAAGAGUCGAUACACCAAAUCGCCAAACAAAGUGUCCCGCAACAAUACUUUCAUCGCGACGAGCCGUAGAAUGGUGGAGAACGGAGGGGAUGGUCUUUGCUUGUCGAUCGAUGAUGAUCACUUCCAAGGGAAGAUUAAAUGUUCCAGCGCAGGUGCCGUUGAGGGCUUAAAACAGGAUCACGUCCAAGAAGGUUCCAACAUUGUGGAGAUUUUCAAAGGGGAUACGAUCAAGUUCUCAGGAUCAGAAGAAGAUCGUCAACUCCCCGCCAAAGAAAUCGAUUCGUCAACCGCUGUUGAGCAGCCUGCUAUUGUUGAAGACAGUCCCAAAAAACCUAGCGCGAUCCCCGUGAAAACCGAAGCAUUUAUAGGUCGUCCAAUUCGUUCCCAGCGUAGCAUUAUCAGUGGAAGUGACUCAAAAACGAUCAAGUUCCUGCUGAAAUUGACGACCAAGAGCUACUUCGAGACGCUCAAGUACGAAAUCGAUCGCAUCAAGGAAAACGAUCGAAAGAUUCAGGAUCAAGCCAGUUCAAAUGCACAAUCAAUCAUGGCAUUGAUCAGCAAAGGCGUUGACUUCGAUCGCAAGAUGGAGGAUCUGCGCGCGCAAAACGUGAAAUUGUUGUUAGAAACCAGGGAAAAGGAUCGGGUUCAGCUGGAUACAGUCAACGCGAUCACGAGCGAGUUAAACGAGCUUAAAUCAGUUUGUAAUCUACUUUUGAAGAACAUCGAAAAGGAUCGUGAGUUAGAUCUUCUAGCCAGAAAGCUUCACAAAUCCAAACGGUUCGAUUCAAACACGUACAAAAUGCUCAGAUCCCAGCUGAGAAAACCUUUGGAACGAAACGUAUCAAAAAGAACGCUUCCCAAGUUAGUAUCGAAGCAAUCAAUAACUUCCUUGCCGUCGCGAUCACGUAGCGAAAUGGCCAUAAAGAGGCAGAAAUCAAAGGCAUCCCGAUGGUCGUCGGUGAAACAGAAGAGCGACUGGUCAUCGGUGUCGAGUAUGUCCUCGGUGGAAACUGGUUCCGAUAUGCUGACAGACAUUGAAAUAGCUUCGGACCCGAAAACUCGCAGUUCCAGAACUUCGCAAAAAAAAUUGAACUCUCCAGCGCGGGAAGUGAUAUCUGAUUCUGUUCAAGAUUCAUCCGCCAAGCGACAAGCAAGAACAAAGAAGCGAAAAGGGUUUUUGAAGAUCUUUUGUUGUGGAAGCGGGUCAAGAGUUUCGAAGCAUGUUGCUGAUUUGAAGGAUUCCUGAAACCUAAAAUCUGUAUUUAAAACUGUAUUUUUCCAAAAUAUACAAUUAUAAUCUCAUUAAA